GUCGCUCGUAGCGUAGUGUUUCUACAUAGUUUGUGAUCUUUGUGUAUUUGUUUUAUAUAUACCGUUAUUCAUUUAAUAUCUUGUAUUCUUUUUAAUUUAAGCGUGUAUUUAAUCCUAACCAUGUAUUUUCUAUGUGUAGUAGUAGUUUUAACGAUAAGUUCUAUUACAAGUUCUAAUUCAUCGUUAUUUGAAAGCGACUCCUGUUAUUCUUUCGGAAGCGGUAAUGUUUUUCCAGGCGGCGCUAGAAAAAUUGAUCAUAAAUUACAAUUUACAAAAGCAAUGAGUAUGUAUUGAACCUGUUGUAAUAAUUAUACUUUACACUCAAUUAAAUCUUUUGUCCUUUUUCUUUCAUAGUAUCAAAACCGGCACCAGAGUGGGAGGCAACAGCAGUUGUAAAUGGAGAAUUUACUCAGCUCUCUUUGUCCAGUUUCAAAGGAAAAUACUUAGUUUUUUUCUUUUACCCUUUAGACUUGUAAGUAUCCUACUAACUUCUUAAAAUUUUAAUACAGUUGACCCUCGGUAAUCCGACAAACAUUUUGCAGGGCAGUGUCGGACUAUAGAAUUUGUCGGAUUAUAAAGUACUGCCUAAGACCCCCUAUCUCACCUUCGAUUUGCCGAUGAUAUAGUCCUUAUGGCAGAAUCGCUGGAGGACCUAAGCACUAUGCUCAAUGACCUCAAAAGUGUUUCCCAACGGAUAGGUCUUAAGAUUAACAUGGACAAAACAAAGAUCAUGUUUAAUGUCCAUGUCACACCUAUGCCGGUAGUUGUUGGGAACACUAAGCUCGAAGUUGUUGACGAGUAUGUUUACCUGGGGCAAAUAGUCCGACUAGGUAAGUCCAACUUCGACCGAGAGGUCAAUCGACGGAUUCAACUCGGCUGGGCAGCAUUCGGGAAGCUACGACACAUUUUCUCGUCAGACAUACCUCAAAACCUUAAAACGAAAUUGUACAACCAGUGCGUGUUGCCAGUGAUGACUUACGGAACUGAGACGUGGUCCUUCACAGCUGGCCGUAUGAGGAAGCUCAAGGUCGCUCAGCGAGCUAUGGAGAGGGCUAUGCUCGGGGUUUCUCUGCGUGAUAAACUUAGAAAUGAGGAUAUCCGCAGUAGAACUAGAGUAACCGACAUAGCCCAACAGAUUAGUAAACUGAGGUGGCAGUGGGCCAGCCAUAUAGCUCGAAGAACCGACAACCGAUGGGGAAGAAAGGUUCUCGAGUGGCAGCCUUGUACCGGUAGGCGAAGUGCAGGGCGACCCCCCACGAGAUGGAGUGACGACCUGGUAAAGCAUGCAGGAAGUCGAUGGAUGCAGGUGGCUCAGGACCGUGCUUUGUGGCAUUCCUUGGGGGAGGCCUAUGUUCAGCACUGGACUUAUGAAAGGCUGUAAUGAUGAUGAUGAUGAUGAUGAAGACCCCCUAUAGUCCGGAAUUUUUUAUAAAAGAGUACCUUGUAAUCUGACAAAUUCCAGAUCCAAUGAUAAGAUUCUAUAUGUUAUAUAAUAUAUGUACAUACUCUGAAGUACAAAUUAUACUACAUUAUGUAUGUCAAAUUUAGUAAAUUAAACAACACAUAAGGGAGCUUACAUUUUAUUAUAAAAUUAACGUCAUUAAUGCUAUAGAACUUACAAAAAAUAUGCAAUAACUUUACAUUAUGAAAUAAUUGUGUACAAACAAAUGUACAUACUAAAAUAAUCAAAACUUAUGAAUCAAGUUAUAACUUGUUCAAUCAUGCAUUUGCAAAGAUUGUCAAAAAAAUAUCUAAUAAUAAAUAAUAGACCAUGUUGGAUUACAGGGGGUGCCGGAUUACCGGGGGUCCACUGUAUUGUCUUAAAUAUUUUUUUAUUACAUGACUCCUUAUAUUUUAGCACCUUUGUUUGUCCAACUGAAAUAUUAGCAUUUUCCGAAAGAAUUGAAGAGUUUAAGAAAAUUAAUACAGAAGUAGUGGCCUGUUCUGUUGACUCUCAUUUUACACAUUUAGCUUGGAUAAACACACCACGCAAAGAAGGUGGUCUGGGAAAAAUUAACAUACCACUCUUAAGUGAUUUAACACAUUCCAUAGCUAAAGAUUACGGUGUCUAUUUGGAAGAUUUAGGUCAUACCUUGAGAGGAUUAUUUAUAAUUGACGAUAAAGGUAUUUUAAGACAAAUUACUAUGAAUGAUUUGCCAGUUGGCAGAUCAGUAGAUGAAACUUUAAGACUAGUUCAAGCAUUUCAAUAUACUGACAACCAUGGAGAAGUAUGCCCAGCUGGAUGGAAACCUGGUCAAGAUACUAUAAUUCCCAAUCCAUC